CAUUUCGGCGGUCUUGACACUGAUUCUCUGCCUGCAUCUCCUGUCGCCUCGGAGGCGCACUGACUAGUGAGCAAAAGUGGACGUGCUUACUCUGGUUCACUGUUUCUUCGCAGCCAGUCGUUUUCAGAUUCAGAAGAUGUGACUCGUUCGAUUGAAUUUGUACAGAAAAGUUGGAUUAACGUGACUAGUGGUCAUCAGUGUUCUUCUAUUUGGUGCGACGGUGUGAUGCAGAGUGGAAAGGAUCGAAUUGGGAAUAAAACUUGAGUUACGCGCUGGCACAUCAGGUGUUUCAGCGCCUGGAUAUAGGCCGUUUCUUUCUGUCAUGGUGUCAAUACACGCGGUGAGUUCGCCUGGAGCACAAUGGAGGAAAGAAAGAGACUUUUCUUCUAUCUUUUCUUCGCAGCACAGCUCUGUCUGAGCUCAACACAAGUCCUCAGAAUCGGUGGUAUUUUUGAGACCCGGGAGAGUGAGUUAGUGAGUAUGGAUGAGCUGGCGUUCAAGUUUGCUGUAAAUAACAUAAACCGCAACAAGACCCUGAUUCCCAACACUACUCUCACCUACGACAUUCAGAGGAUCAACCUCUUUGAUGGCUUUGAGGCUUCGAGGAGAGUGUGUGACCAGCUAGCGCUCGGGGUGGUCGCGGUGUUUGGCCCUUCUCACAGCUCCUCGGUCAGUGCUGUUCAGUCCAUCUGCAACGCUCUAGAGGUCCCUCACAUUCAGACCCGCUGGAAACACCCGUCAGUGGACAACAAAGACACUUUCUUCAUCAACCUAUAUCCAGAGUACACCGCCAUUGCCAGGGCCAUCCUGGACGUGGUCACUUUUUUCAAAUGGCGGAAGCUGACGGUGGUCUAUGAGGAUAGCACGGGUCUGAUGCGGAUGCAGGAGUUGAUCAAGGCUCCGGCAAAGUUCAACCUGAAGAUCAAGAUCCGCCAGCUGACCCCGGGUAACCAAGAUGCCCGCCCACUGCUUAAGGAACUGAAGAAAGACAAGGAAUUUUUUAUACUCUUUGACUGCUCCUAUCGCAUGGCUUCAGAGCUACUCAAGCAGCUUUCAUCAAUGGGAAUGAUGACCGAGUACUACCAUUUCUUCUUCACGACUUUGGAUCUGUUUGCCUUGGACUUGGAGCCGUACCGCUACAGUGGGGUCAACAUGACCGGCUUCAGACUGCUGAACGUAGAUGACCCGUGGGUAGCCUCCACGAUGGACAAAUGGGCCAUGGAAAGGCUGCAGGGUCCCAAACAAGAGAGUGGCCUGAUGGACGGAAUCAUGACUACAGACGCAGCAUUGAUGUAUGAUGCAGUGUUCAUGGUUGCUGUUGCCUCGCAGCGGGCCACUCAGAUGACCGUCAGCUCCCUGCAGUGUCACCGCCAUAAACCCUGGCGCUUUGGACCUCGCUUCAUGAACCUCUUCAAAGAGGCACAGUGGGAUGGACUGACAGGGCACAUUGUUCUUAAUAAGACAGAUGGCCUGAGGAGAGACUUUGAUUUGGACAUCAUCAGCCUCAAAGAGGACGGCACUGCCAGGGGUAUUGUGGAAGGCGGAAGUCGCCUCACGAAAAGGUGGAUCAAGAUUGCUGUGUGGAACUCCUACAGGGGUAUGAACCUGACCGAGAAGUCCAGCCGAGACAAGAAUAACAAUGUGACAGACUCUCUGGCUAACAGGACUCUUAUUGUCACCACAAUACUGGAAAAUCCAUAUGUGAUGCAGAAAAAGUCCGACAAGGAGCUGAUUGGAAAUGAUCGUUUUGAGGGUUACUGUCUGGACCUUUUGAAAGAGCUCUCCAACAUUUUGGGUUUCACGUAUGAAGUCAGACUGGUGGCUGAUGGAAAAUACGGAGCCCAGAAUGACAAGGGAGAGUGGAACGGGAUGGUGCGGGAGCUGAUAGACCACGUUGCAGACCUUGCUGUGGCCCCCUUGACCAUCACGUACGUUCGAGAGAAAGUCAUCGACUUCUCCAAGCCCUUCAUGACCUUAGGUAUCAGCAUCCUCUACCGAAAACCUAAUGGCACCAAUCCGGGCGUGUUCUCCUUUCUUAAUCCCCUGUCUCCGGACAUCUGGAUGUACGUGCUGCUAGCCUGCACAGGAGUUAGCUGUGUGCUCUUUGUGAUUGCCAGGUUUACUCCGUACGAGUGGUACAACCCACAUCCAUGUAACCCGUCCUCGACUCUAAUACAGAACAAUUUCACUUUACUCAACAGUUUCUGGUUUGGUGUCGGAGCUCUCAUGCGGCAAGGCUCGGAGUUGAUGCCUAAGGCUCUGUCCACUCGUAUAGUUGGGGGUAUUUGGUGGUUCUUUACCUUAAUCAUCAUCUCCUCCUACACGGCUAACUUGGCUGCUUUCCUCACUGUGGAACGAAUGGACGCGCCAAUCGACUCAGCAGACGACCUGGCGAAGCAGACCAGGAUUGAAUAUGGGGCAGUAAGGGAUGGAUCCACCAUGACCUUCUUCAAGAAAUCAAAGAUCUCCACCUAUGAGAAGAUGUGGGCGUUUAUGAGCAGCAGGAAGAACACUGCAUUGGUUAAGAACAACAGGGAAGGCAUCACUCGGGUUCUGACAACGGACUACGCCAUGCUGAUGGAGUCCACCAGCAUUGAGUAUAUCAGCCAGAGAAACUGCAACCUCACACAGAUCGGAGGUCUCAUCGACUCCAAGGGCUACGGAGUAGGAACACCAAUCGGGUCUCCAUACAGGGAUAAAGUGACCAUUGCCAUCCUUCAGCUGCAGGAGGAAGGGAAGCUGCACAUGAUGAAGGAGAAGUGGUGGAGAGGCAAUGGCUGCCCAGAGGAGGACAACAAGGAGGCCAAUGCUUUGGGCGUGGAAAACAUUGGCGGCAUCUUUAUCGUCCUCGCUGCUGGUCUGGUUCUCUCUGUGUUUGUGGCUAUUGGAGAGUUCAUCUAUAAGGCACGCAGGAACGCCGACAUAGAGGAGUGCGUGUCUUUUAGCGCCCUGAUGGAGGAGUUGGGUAUCUCCCUGCAGUGUUACAAAGGCAUCCGGAUGAGGUUGGGACCCCACAGUGGAGCAAGGACAGCUUGCAUCCUCUGUCAACCCAAACGCACUGCAAAGAGGGAAGGAGCAAGACGGGACUCCAGCACGUGAGCCUUGGAUCAAAAAACUGACGGAACUUGGAUCAGAGACUGCUACUUGAUCGCUCUCAAAUCAUUAGAUUUGUUUGUGGGCCACAGAAUUACUGUAUAUGAAGUUGUUCCCUCAUCACCCCUGUCUUUAUGUGACUGAAUUAUACAUAAAGCAUUCUACUGUAUAUGUAGUUUACAAAGUCUUGGCCUUGUAUCAACAUUGAUAACGUUAAAACAGGUGAUGACAAGAAUGAGCGCUCUCUCAUAGCAUAAGCCAUUGCUGUUUCCUCAUGUCUGUAGUUCACUGUUCUGAGCAGUUUGCACAGUUGAAUCUACACACUUUAUAGAUACCCAUUGUGUAAAUGUAUGGCAACUUCAGUGAUUUUCAAAGUAAAAAGAUUUUUGCAUUUUC